GAUAGCGCUUUUGCUGAAAUAAUGAAGUUUCUUUUCUUGAUCAUUGCGUGUUUGCAAUUAUUCACAGUAAUUCAAUGUUCUCUGACUGACGUGGGAAUCGGAGUAAAAGGGAAAGAUGAGUAUAAGUCGUUCGGUACUGCUCGAAGUAUCCUAGAGAAUGGCACGUUAAGCGAAUACGGCGUAAUAAUUAUAACAUCGUGUGUAGUAGUAACCGUUGCCGACGCUUGCCAUAAUUCAAAGGCAAUGGAAAUAUGGAGUGGACAAAGCGUUUGUUCAAAGUACGAGCAACGUCGGUUAGUCAAUGAAACACAUGUACAGGGAGAUUUGUGUGUAAUAGUCACAAACAAACCGUUUGCCGUUACUGGAGCUACUCUACCAGUAGGCACUAAUUUUGUUGACGGUUAUCCUCAAAAUGUCACAGCUGUGGGAUGUGCCCCUCCUGUCGACACAAUAAAUAAAGCAACAUUCUACGGUUAUCCGCUAGAGACUUGCAAUGAAUUCUAUAACGACACUACCUUACAAGUAGGUGCAGAUGGUUAUUGUGGGAGAUGUCCUAUUCCGGCACCCACAUGUUCAGCUCCUCGAGGUAAUCCAAUUUACAGCGAUGGAAGACCCGUCGGUAUAAGUAAUAGGGUACAUCCUGUAAAAUGCGCUGAAGGAGGUUAUGUUCAAUUUAUCCGACUAAGCCCACAUGCUAAAUUCAUUAAUGAAAUAGUUGAAAAAACAAGCUCAUCGUAAGAAAAAUGAGAAACAUAUGGUAUUUAUGAAUUGAAAAAAUAUUUCCAAAUUUUUGUAGGACCCAAUAAGUCUUUUCAUUCGAUUAAAUAUAUAAUUAAUAAAGUAAUAUUAAACUUUGAAGUGCACAUUGUAUUAUUACCAUACACGCACACAACA